UUGUGUACCACUCUACCAGAAGAGAGAGACUCUCGCUCUGUAUGUCUUUAAUUCCAGACUCUUGUUUCUCUCUCUAUUUUUAUUACUAAAACCAACUCUCUCUCUCUCUCUGAGCCUUCUCAGAGAGAGAGAGAGAGGUGUGUGUAAUGCUUUAAAGCCACCCAUCAGUUACAUUGGCUAAAACUGGAAGGAAAAACAAGAGGAGCACUAUAGAGCUCUUGUGGGUUACUGGGUUUAGCUUGGAUUCAGCUUGCUGCUGCUUCUUCUUCCAAAUCUACUCUUCACUGGCUUAAUUACAGCCCAAGAUUUGUUUUCAUUUCAUUAUCUUAAUAAUAUCAAUCCCCUUAAACUCAGCUCUCUCUCUCUCUCUCUCUCUCUCUUUCACAUUUUCUCUUCAGUUUCUUUUCUUCCUUUUUCUCUUCUUCUACAUCAUCAUUUCACGUCUCUUUAACUCUUAAUUCUCUUCUUUUUCUUCUUCUUCUUCUGGUUGUAUUGUAUUCUGCUCUUUUUUAUACCACGUGUAUGGAAUACGGUAGCGGUGGCAGUGGCGGCGGUAGUGGAGAUCAUGACCCCUCUGAUCCCCACAGAAGGAAGAAGCGUUAUCAUCGUCACACUGCUAAUCAAAUUCAGAAGCUUGAAGCAAUGUUCAAGGAAUGUCCACACCCAGAUGAGAAGCAGAGGUUACAGUUAAGCAGAGAGCUGAGUUUGGCACCUCGGCAGAUCAAGUUUUGGUUUCAGAACAGGAGAACCCAGAUGAAGGCCCAACACGAAAGAGCAGAUAACUGUGCACUUCGAGCUGAGAACGAUAAGAUCCGAUGUGAGAAUAUAGCCAUUAGAGAGGCUCUCAGGAAUGUUAUUUGCCCCUCCUGCGGUGGUCCUCCUGUCACUGAAGAUUCUUAUUUCGACGAACACAAGUUAAGAAUGGAGAAUGCCCAAUUGAAAGAGGAGCUUGAUAGAGUUUCCAGCAUUGCCGCCAAAUACAUUGGAAGGCCAAUUUCCCACCUCCCUCCGGUGCAGCCCAUUCAUGUUUCUUCUCUGGAUUUGUCCAUGGGGAGUUUUGGUGGCCAAGGGAAUGGUGGUCCUUCUCUUGAUCUCGAUCUUGACCUUAUACCGUCCACUUCUAAUUUGCCAUUUCACCCACUUGGUAUUUCAGACAUGGACAAGUCCCUCAUGACCGAUAUUGCAGCAAGUGCCAUGGAUGAAUUGCUAAGGCUUUUGCAGACUGAUGAACCUUUGUGGAUUAAGUCACCUACGGAUGGCAGGGAUGUCCUUAAUCUUGAUACUUAUCAAACACUUUUUCCCAGGGUCACUUCUCGCAUGAAGAAUCCCAAUAUUCGGAUUGAGGCGUCCAGAGAUUCAGGUUUUGUCAUCAUGAACAGUUUAGCUUUGGUGGACAUGGCCAUGGAUGCUAACAAGUGGGUCGAGCUGUUUCCCACCAUUGUCUCUACUGCAAAGACUCUUGAAGUAAUAUCAUCUGGAAUGAUGGCCAGUCACAGUGGCUCUUUGCAAUUGAUGUAUGAGGAGUUGCAGGUGCUUUCACCAUUGAUCCCAACUCGAGAAUUCUAUAUCCUUCGUCAUUGUCAGCAAAUUGAGCAAGGCUUGUGGGCAAUUGUUAAUGUUUCAUAUGACAUUCCAGAAUUUGCUUCUCAAUGUCGCUCUCAUAGGCUUCCUUCUGGAUGCAUGAUUCAAGACAUGCCUAAUGGAUACUCCAAGGUUACUUGGGUAGAGCAUGUGGAGGUAGAAGAUAAAACCCCAACUCAUAGGCUUUACAGAGACCUUAUUCACAGUGGAAUGGCCUUUGGAGCUGAACGAUGGCUCGCCACUCUGCAAAGAUUGUGUGAGAGAUUUGCAUGUCUAAUGGUGUCAGGCAAUUCAACUCGGGAUCUUGGUGGAGUAAUUCCAUCACCUGAAGGCAAGAGAAGCAUGAUGAAACUUGCUCAAAGAAUGGUGCAGAGUUUCUGUGCUAGCAUCAGCACAUCUAACAGCCAUCGAUGGACUACAGUUUCCGGUAUGAAUGAAGUUGGAGUUCGAGUUCAUAAGAGCACUGAUCCUGGGCAACCCAAUGGUGUAGUUCUUAAUGCAGCUACUACCUUUCGGCUUCCAGUUUCUCCACAAAAUGUCUUCAAUUUCUUCAAGGACGAAAGAACCCGAUCUCAGUGGGAUGUUCUCUCUAGUGGGAAUGCAGUGCAAGAAGUUGCUCAUAUUGCCAAUGGCUCACAUCCUGGGAACUGCAUAUCUGUUCUUCGAGCAUUCAAUUCAGGUCAAAACAAUAUGCUAAUCCUGCAAGAGAGCUGCAUAGAUGCAUCGGGUUCGCUUGUAGUGUACUGCCCAGUUGAUCUUCCAGCAGUGAACAUAGCAAUGAGUGGAGAGGAUCCAUCUUAUAUUCCCCUGUUGCCCUCAGGAUUUACAAUAUCACCAGAUGGUGGGGCGGACCAUGGAGAUGGAGCAUCUUCCAGCUCAAACACACAUGGGAGUAUGAGUAGAUCAAGUGGUUCACUAAUAACAGUGUCAUUUCAAAUACUAGUGAGUAGUUUACCAUCUGCAAAACUAAACCUUGAAUCCGUAACCACAGUUAAUAACCUUAUCAGUACCACUGUCCAGCAAAUUAAGGCUGCUAUGAACUGUCCUAGUUCCUGAUGAACUCUGAUUCUGCUGCUAGCUACUACAUUGCAAUACAACUGUUCCUUCUCUUCCCUCACUACUACCUGCUUUAAAUAUGAAGAUGGAGAGAAAAACUUUUACACUAUAUUUGAGCAAAAGGGGGUAUUCAAUGUCAGAAAACAAAUUAUUGGGAGGGUUAGUUGAGGCCAUGAAUGCUCUCUCAUCAACAGCAGAAGAUGGUUAUUUACUGCAAGCUGCUUGAGCUGUUUUUUGCUGCCAAACUUUCAUUACAGUCUACACCAACUAGAUUUAAUUUAAUCUUUUUUCUUGCUUUGCUUUUUGGGUUUCUGAUAAAUUUUUUACCUUGGGAAGAAUAGUAUCAUUUAAAGAGGGAGUCAAGAACGCACCAUGCAUCUCUUUCUAUCUGCUGCUGAGGGGUCUUGUUUUGGUUUAUUAUCUCUUCAUUGCCUCUACAGAACAGCAAGAACAAUGUGUGGUUCGGGUAUUGACUUCUGUGCUUUUACAUUUAUUCAGCAAUGAAUGAUCUUAUUAUUAUUUUUCA